GUCACAAGGUGCGCGGCUGCUCAUAAAAGCUACUCCCCUCUUCACGUCUAUCUGAUGUAGCUAUUAGUGUUCCACAUUUAUCGUCAAAAUGAUGCUGUUUAUGAACGCUUGCGCUCUAUUAGUCAAAGUCCUCACUCUACCGCUGCACAUUGCGGAGGUGAUUGGACUUAUGUCUUUUUACAAACGCGUCUUUCCUCUAAUCGUCUAUAAAGUCUCGUUCUCCUACAACGACAAAAUGAACGACAGCAAAAGGGAGCUAUUUCGAAACCUGGACAAAUUCUUCCCGCAGAAAGGCUCUCUGCGCAUCCUGGAGCUGGGCUGCGGAUCCGGGGCGAACUUCGAGCACUAUCCGACGGGCUGCAGGAUCACGUGCAUCGACCCAAACCCGCAUUUCCAAAAGUACCUGGAGAAAAGUAUGGCGAAGAACGAUCACCUCGUUUAUGACAGCUUCAUCGUGGCUUCGGGGGAGAAUCUAAAGGCUGUGGGGGACGGCUCUGUGGAUGUUGUGGUGUGCACGCUGGUUCUGUGCUCGGUCCAGGAUACACGGAAGGUUCUGCAAGAAGCAAAGAGAGUUCUGAGGCCUGGAGGUGCAUUUUUCUUCCUUGAACAUGUGGUGUCUGACCCCUCAAGCUGGAUUUACUUCUUUCAACAUGUUUUUCAACCAUUCUGGUACUACUUUGGCGAUGGUUGUGAUACAACCCGUCCCACUUGGAAGCACCUCGAAGCAGCAGGCUUCUCCGACCUUCAGCUACGCCACAUCCAAGCUCCUUUAUUUUUUAUGAUCAAACCACACAUUGCAGGUUAUGCAGUCAAAUAAUGCAAAUGAAUUUUGCCCAACCCCAAUGAAUAUCCUAUUUGUAAAACACAUUACUAUUAAAAAGGAAGUACAAAAAUACCAGCAGAUAAAACAACAAAAAACGUAUCUAUGUAAAAAGGUUUCUGGAGAUAAAAGCAGGCAAGCUUUUGAGAGGUUGUGGUAUUGCAUGAAAGGAGCCAUACUGCCAUCCCGUGGUUAGGAGGAAUUAAUCACUUCAUACUGUAUAGUUUUGUUAUAUAGUUUAAAAAGUGCACAAAUGCUCAAAAAGAUCACUUUGCAUUCUCCAUCUUUACAUUAACAGUUUUUUCCUCAAUACUUCUGACUAUUAUUAUUACUUUGUUAAGCAGAUUGUACUCUUAAAAAGUAUAAAUCAGAAAAAUGUAUUUUUAGUACAGAUUAUUUUAAUGGUUUUGUCUGGAAAACAACCAUUUUUAAAAUGACUUGAUAUGUUCAUGUUGUCCUGUGGGAAUAUAUACAUAUAUAUACACAUCAAUAAAGUUAUAUUUUUUAAA